UCCUGGGCAACGCUUACUUCCGGUUGCGCGUGGUGGGCGGAGUCAAGAUGGCGACAAGAACUCAGUUUCCUGCCGCUGCUGAAUCUCAGAAACCCAGCAAGAAAAAAGCUCCAGAGUGUCCCAUCUUGGAGAAGCUGAACUGGCUGAUCCAUCUGCACUACAUCCGGAAGGACUACGAGGCAUGCAAGGCCGUUAUCAAAGAGCAGCUGCGGGAAACGCAGGGGCUGUGUGAAUACGCUAUCUAUGUCCAAGCACUGAUCCUGCGUCUGGAAGGGAAUAUCCAAGAAUCCCUGGAGCUCUUUCAGACGUGUGCUAUUCUCAGCCCCCAGAGUGUGGACAACCUCAAGCAGGUCGCGCGGUCGUUAUUUCUUCUGGGAAAACAUAAGGCCGCCAUCGAAGUGUACAAUGAAGCGGCUAGACUUAACCGGAAAGACUGGGAGAUCUGCCACAACCUAGGAGUGUGCUACAUGUAUCUGAAGCAGUUCCACAAGGCACAGGACCAGCUGCACAGCGCCCUCCAGCUGAACAGGCAGGACCUGACCUACAUCAUGCUGGGGAAGAUUCACCUGCUAGAGGGCGACGUGGACAAGGCCAUCGAAAUCUACAAGAAAGCCGUGGAGUUCUCGCCGGAAAACACGGAGCUCCACACAACACUGGGGCUGCUCUACUUACAGCUUGGUGUUUACCAAAAGGCAUUCGAACAUCUUGGAAAUGCACUGACGUACGACCCCACCAACUACAAGGCCAUCCUGGCGGCAGGCAGCAUGAUGCAGACCCAUGGGGACUUCGAUGUUGCCCUCACCAAGUACAGAGUUGUAGCCUGUGCUGUCCCAGAAAGUCCGCCUCUCUGGAAUAACAUCGGAAUGUGUUUCUUCGGCAAGAAGAAAUACGUGGCGGCUAUCAGCUGCCUGAAGCGAGCCAACUACCUGGCCCCCUUCGACUGGAAGAUCCUGUACAACCUGGGCCUCGUCCACCUGACCAUGCAGCAGUACGCGUCCGCCUUCCACUUCCUCAGCGCGGCCGUCAACUUCCAGCCCAAGAUGGGGGAGCUCUACAUGCUUCUGGCUGUGGCCCUGACCAACCUGGAAGAUACGGAGAAUGCCAAGAAAGCCUACGCGGAGGCGGCCCGCCUGGACAAGUGUAACCCUUUGGUAAACCUGAAUUAUGCUGUGCUGCUGUACAACCAGGGCGAGAAGAGGGCUGCCCUGGCCCAGUACCAGGAGAUGGAGAAGAAAGUCACCUUUCUCAGGGACAGCAGCUCUCUGGAGUUUGACUCUGAGAUGGUGGAGAUGGCCCAGAAGCUGGGAGCUGCUCUCCAGGUUGCCGAGGCUCUGGUCUGGACUAAACCCGUGAAAGAUCCCAAAGCAAAGCACCGGACCACCUCCGCCAGCAAACCUGCCGGUCUGCAGCAGCCUCUGGGCUCCAACCAAGCUCUGGGACAGGCGAUGUCUUCGGCAGCUUCUUACAGGAAGCUCCCUGCAGGUGGAGGAACGACCCAGCUCACAAAGCCACCGUCUCUUCCCUUGGAGCCAGAGCCCACCGAGGAAGCAAGUCCAGCUGAAGCAUCAGAACAAAUAAGAGAGCCAGUGGCGGCACACCCCUGUAAUCCCAGUACUCGGGAGGCUGAGGCAGGAGAAUCACCACUAGUUCCAGGCCAGCCUGGACUACAAAACUGUGACCGCUGUCUCCCCUUACCUGUUUCCAAGCCUGUUCGGGACUGGAGGAGGAGCGGCAGGGGCAGGCUCCUGCUUGGUAGCACCACGGCCUGGGCAGCACCCGACGUGUGCCGGCAGCCAGGUCGCCUGCGCUACUGGCUUCCACUGCGCUGUGGCACCACGGAGGGAGACCGAGUGCGUGCAGUUCUUCACGACAGGGUCCAGUCUGACACCCAAGAGGCAGCCCCUCGAGAAGUCCCUCGGUCCCCAGAUCUAGACCCACAGCAGCUGGCAGACGUGAUGCCCCUGCCAUCCAGCAGGUGUGUCAGUCGGACUUUCAGCCUUAGCAGCUUGCUUCUGCAUCAGCACGGAGAUUCCUAUCGGUCCCAGCGGUUUCUGGGUAGAAAUGCACAAGCUGAUUUUAGAGUUCUGUGGGAAGACAAAGAGCGAGCACAUCUAAGGCAACAGAAUCGGGAGAGGAACACUUCUUUACCUCAAGGCUUACUGCAGCAGUCGUCGUGGGCACUGGCAAAGAAUCAGGCUUCUGCUGCAGAAAGCACAGCCAUCCUGGGCGGGGAGGCCCGGCAGCCCGGCCUCGGCAGCCUCCAAUCCAAGGAGCCCAGGCAGGAAGGCCCCGUCCCCGGCUCACGGCGGCACCCAGGCUUCCGGACACCUGCACCGCGACUGGCUCAGAGGCUCCCCGGAGAUCCCAUUUCUGCUGCAACCGUAAAGCACGGGAGGGACCUUUCUACCUGUACUUGUGGCCCUGACUGUGUCUGA